UUCCAAAAAAAUGCAGAAAUAAUGCUGGAAUAAAUUACUGUCUUUCUAUCAGACUAAAUACUGAAAAAUUAGCAAUAAUAUCGAUAAAUACAAAUAAAGUUUUAUCAUUACUAUAUUUUCCACUUCAAAAAGUUAAGAUUUAAAAAUCAGUAAAAGCGUGAGCCCAUGUCAAAAAACGAAGAGCUCUUCGAAGAUGAAGAAACGAGUCACAUGCAAGAAGAAAUCCAUCUAACAACUGGUCCUAUAUCUAUUGAUGAUUUGAAAAACUUGGGUAUAGCAGCGAGUGAUAUCGCAAAAUUAAAAGAAGCCGGCUAUAAUACAGUAGAAGCUCUAGCUUUCACUCCAAAAAAACAGUUGAUGACUGUUAAAGGAUUUUCGGAAGCAAAGGCCGAAAAAAUACUCAAAGAAGCAGCCAAACUCAUUCCAAUGGGGUUCUCCACGGCAACGACCUUCUUUCAAAAACGAAAAAGCACAAUCUAUUUAUCAACAGGGUCUGAAGAACUCGAUAGAUUGCUACAAGGUGGAAUAGAAACUGGUAGUAUCACAGAAAUAUUUUGAGAAUUUAGAACAGGUAAAACACAACUUUGUCAUACACUUGCAUGUUAAACUUGUCAGCUCUCUAAAAAAGAUGGUGGCGGUGGUGGUAAAUCUCUAUAUAUUGAUACAGAAGGUACUUUCAGGCCAGAGAGAUGUGUAGCCGUUGCAGAAAGAUUUAAUCUAGACCCAGAUCAAGUGUUAGAAAACAUUUCAUAUGCUCGUGCAUAUAACUCUGACCACCAAUCACAAUUGUUAGUUCAAGCUGCUGCAAUGCUCUCUGAAUCUGCAUAUUCUCUUCUAAUUGUCGAUUCAGCAAUGGCACUAUACAGAACAGACUUUUCAGGUCGAGGAGAGCUUUCAGCCAGACAAAUCCAUCUUGCGCGUUUUUUAAGGAUGUUGCUACGACUUGCUGAUGAGUUUGGUGUUGCUGUAGUUAUUACGAGUCAGGUUGUAGCAUCUGUAGAUGGUGCUGCCGCAAUUUUCAACGCGGAUCCAAAGAAACCAGUAGGUGGCCAUAUUAUGGCACAUGCCAGCACAACACGUCUGUAUUUAAGAAAGGGACGCGGUGAAACACGAAUAUGUAAAAUUUAUGACUCUCCUUGCCUUCCGGAAUCAGAGGCAGUUUUUGCAAUUACAAAUUCAGGAAUUGCAGAUCCAGAUGAGUAA